AUGAAAACUAAAUUGGCCAUAGCCUUAAUAUUUUGCUAUGUAAUUCACAUAUACAAGAGCAACUCCAUUGAUCCAUGUGCAUCUCAACAAGAUGAGUCACCAAUCAACCCACCAAAAACAAAUUCAUGGAAUGACAGAGUCAUAAACAUGGCCUCCAACGAUGUAAAUCGAAUCAACUACCUAUCCACAUUAGUAGCCAAAAAUUCCGCCUCUCCCGCUUCAGCAUCAAUUGCUUCGGGCCAAACUUUCAACAUCAACAAUUAUGUUGUCCGUGUAAAAAUUGGAACACCUGGUCAACUCCUUUUCAUGGUUCUUGACACAAGUUCAGAUGAGGCUUUUGUCCCUUCUUUAGGAUGCACCGGUUGCUCUGCAACAAAAUUCUCUCCAAAAUCCUCAACCAGUUACGUCCCAUUGACGUGUUCUGCUCCACAAUGUGGUCAAGCCCGUGGGCGUUCAUGCUCACCCAUAGGCUCUAAUGUGUGUUCCUUCAAUCAAUCUUACGCGGAUUCUUCUUUCUCAGCUACACUCGCUCAAGAUUCACUUACAUUAGAUGCAAAUGUUAUUAUUCCUAAAUUCUCAUUUGGAAGCAUUAAUGCUAUAUCCGGUGCUUCAAUUCCAGCUCAAGGGCUAUUGGGCUUGGGCCGAGGCCCAUUGUCUUUAUCAUCUCAGACAAUGUCAACUUACUCCGGUGUGUUUUCUUAUUGUCUACCCAGUUUUAAAUCUCACUUUUUUUCUGGUUCACUGAAACUCGGACCAGUGAAUCAACCCAAAAGCAUUCGAACAACACCUCUUCUGCGCAAUCCUAGUCGUCCAUCUCUUUACUAUGUCAAUUUAACUGGAAUUAGUGUGGGUAGUGUGAAUGUCCCUAUACCCAAUAAUUUUCUAGCAUUUGACCCGAAAACAGGAGCUGGAUCAAUAAUCGAUUCAGGUACGGUUAUAACCCGCUUUGUGGAGCCUGUUUACAAUGCGACAAGGGAUGAGUUUAGGAAACAAGUGAAAGGACCAUUUUCUAGCUUAGGAGCAUACGAUACAUGUUUUGCGGAAACAUCUGAAACAAUAACACCUGCUAUUACGUUUCAUUUCCAGAACUUGGAUCUGAAGUUGCCAAUGGAGAAUAGUUUAAUUCAUAGUACUUCAGAGCCGUUGGCAUGUCUUGCAAUGGCGGCUGCACCGAAGAAUGUGAACUCUGUGUUGAAUGUGAUUGCUAAUUAUCAACAACAAAAUUUGAGGAUUUUGUUUGAUACAGUUAACAAUAAGGUUGGCAUUGCCAACGAACCUUGUAACUAG